UCCAAACAGUUUGACGGUUCAAUGAUCCUAUGGGACCCAAGAAAGGGAACCGCUGAGGUCAAAUUCGGACUGGGCCAGAAUCAGUGGUUUGAGUGUCCAGUCAAUACAUGCGAUCUGAGCCCAGAUAGCUCUACAAUGGCAGCAGGCGGUGAGAACGGAGGAGUGGUCCUCACCAACGUCAAGCAAACAAAGGUCCUCUACGCCUUCAACGACGCCCAUGGCGACCAGAGCGUCGAGUGUGUGCGCUUCUCACGCACACACCCCUUCAUGGCCAGUGGAGGUCUAGACGGAAACCUGCUUAUCUGGGACACCACGCCGUUCAAGCUCAGACACACGUGUGCACAUGGGGAGGGUGUGGUGAAGAUACAGUGGCAUCCCUCAGAGCCCAUUGUGUACACAGCCAGUCUGGACCAUACCGUAAGAGCGUGGGAUGCGCGGACAGGCGAAUGUACGAAGACGUGGACAGGACACAACGACGGCAUUUUGUGCAUAGCACUGAGCAAAGACGGACGGCAUAUCAUCACUGGGGCAGAUGACACCACCGCCAGAGUGUUCGACACCCAAAAUUGAAAGGAAAAAAAACAGAAACAGGGUGACACUGGCCCUAAUUUAAAAACCCUCGUCAGGGUAUACAACACCCGAAACCAAAAUAAAUGGAUGGGAAUGAUCCUAAUUUAAUAACCCUCGUCAGAGUAUUCGACACCUGAAACCCAAAUAUAUGGGCGACAUUGAUCCUAAUUUAGUAACCCUCGUUAGAGUAUUCAACACCCCAAACUAAAAUAAAUGGUUGAGAAUGA